ACACAGAGGAUCAGACAGACUGGACCUGCUGGAAACUGAGGAAAAUGGAAGGUGCCUCUUACUGCUACAUUUUCCCAGUGAGGGAGUGAACUUUAGAAGCAGCAUGGCUGAAAACUCCAUCCAGACGGAAGCGGAUGUUGUGUAUUGCAAACUGUGUUUGAGUGAUUGUCCUGCAUCAGAGACGAGUACACUGCGCUCCUGUGACUGUGUCUUUUGCACCAAGUGUUUGAGCCAGUAUGUAAAGUUGGCAAUACAGGAUGGGGCUGGCACCCCUAUUACUUGUCCUGAUCUGGCCUGCAAGCACCCUGGACCGAUACUGGACUCAGAGAUCGCCUCGCUGGCCUCGGCUGACCAAGUUGAGCUCUAUCAGAGGCUCAAAUUUGAAAGAGGUAUUUCGAAGAUUGCCUAUGUACCUGAUGCUGGUGCAAAAGAUGUGCUAUGCUUCAAGCAUUACAAUGCAACAGAGGUUUUGCUGGGCAGGACGAUGGAGGAUUGGCUCAGAUUCUCAGUGUGUAACUGGCACUCAUUUUGUGGAACUGGUGCCGAUCCAUUUGGAUUUUCUACCUUGCCCAGGCCAUGGAAUGAGGGGAACAGUGACAUGGAGAUAGCAAAGAAAAGGCUUAGUGCAGCCUUUGAGUUCUUCACCAAACUUGGUGUGAAAUACUAUACAUUUCAUGACCGGGACAUGGCCCCUGAGGGUCGCACUUUGGAGGAAACCAACAGGAACCUGGAUGAGAUAACAGACCUGGCACUGCAGCUGCAGAACCAGACUGGUGUAAAAGUGCUGUGGAUCACCUGCAACCUGUUUGCUCAUCCCAGGUAUAUGAAUGGAGCCUCCACAAACCCAGACUGCCAUGUUUUUGCCUAUGCUGGAGCUCAGGUGAAGAAAGGAUUAGAGAUAGCCAAGAAGCUUGGGGCUGAGAACUUUGUGUUCUGGGGUGGCCGUGAAGGAUUUCAGUCCGUCCUUAAUACAGACGUCUCUGCCGAACUCAAGCAUAUGGCCAGCUUUUUCAAAAUGGCAGUUGCAUACAAAGAGAACAUUGGGUUAAAAUGCCAGUUCCUCAUUGAGCCCAAGCCAAAGGAACCAUGCAAGCACCAGUACGACUAUGAUGCGAUGACUGUCAUUGGCUUUUUGAAGCACUUCGGCCUGGACAAGGACUUUAAACUGAAUAUCGAACCCAACCACACCACACUGGCAGGACAUUCCUAUGAACAUGACAUUAUCAUGGCCUCUGUCUUUGGCAUGCUUGGCUCUGUUGAUUCCAAUACUGGCUCUCCUGAUCUGGGCUGGGACACGGAUCAGUUUCCCAUGGACAUCAGAAACACCACCAUGGUGAUGAAGGCUAUUGUUGAACAGGGGGGCCUGCAGCCAGGAGGAUUAAAUUUUGAUGCCAAGGUCCGGAGAGAAUCGACUGACCCAGAGGAUUUGUUUAUUGCUCAUAUUGGUGCCAUGGAUGCUUUUGCUCGAGGCCUCAGAAAUGCUGCCAAGAUUAUUGAGGAGGGAGUUAUGCAAACUAUGCUGCGGGAACGCUACAUGAGCUUCAGCCAUGGCAUUGGACAGAAGAUAGAAAUGGGUGGUGCAUCACUGGAGGAUCUGGAGGAAUUUAUAAAGAAAAACGGAGAGCCCAAAGUGACGUCAGGGAAACAAGAACAAUAUGAAGCUGUUUUAAAUCAUUACCUCUAAGAUCACAGUGAUUUUUGAUUAUGUUUAUGAACAGGGGUUUAUGACAGGGAAUAUUCUACUGAAAUCAGGGUAUUAAUGCUGUUGUGAAUAUAUAUUUUGCCAACUACUUCAGUGAACUGUUUAUGAGUCACUAAGGCUUUCAGUGAAUGAGUCAUUUUACCUGUAGACAUCCUGACUUACAAUUCAAUCAUAAAUAACAAUUGUUAGCUUAUUAUUCCAUGAAAUAAAUAAAAGUCACAAUCAUAAAGUGGUAGUUGUCAUUUGAAGUGCACAUAAGUGCUACUACUUUUUGUAGGAUUUUGUACUUUUACACCACCAUUGUAAAGAUUAAUUUAUAAAAAGCAUAGUAUAUCUUACUUUUGCUGGCAAAUGGAAUAUUAAUGUGUGCACAGUUUAAAGUGUGUAUGUUUAAGUUUGGUCAGAUUUCAAGUUACAGUAACAUAAAAUUUCAAAUAUUAAGUAUGUUAUAACUUCAUAUAUCCCAAUUUGACUGGAAGUGUCCAUUUUGUUGUAAACUAUGGCCCUUAUAGAUGCACACAUGACAUUUGAGUGUACUCCUGAUAUUUCAGUAGGCUUGGUAUUAGUGCAGGUUUCUGCUUAUGUAGAAUCCAAACAUUAUAUGUCCAACAUGUCCAAUCUCCGUUUUCUACAAAGCAUUAAACACUUAAUCAUAAAACUGAUACAUGGUACAAAUGAUCAUGUAAAUUGAUGAUCACCAGCGCACAAGGGAUUACUUAUUACUUUUAGUGGCUGCAAUAGAUUAGUUUAUGAGGGUGGCACAGUGGCUCGCCUCCUGGGUUCGAUCCCCAGGUGGGGCAGUACGGGUCCUUUCUGUGUGGAGUUUGCAUGUUCUCCCCUUGUCUGUGUGGGUUUUCUACUACAGUCCAAAGACGUGCAAGUGAGGUGAAUUGGAGAUACAAAAUUGUCCAUGACUGUGUUUGAUAUUAAACUUGAACUGAUGAAUCUUGUGUAACGAAUAACUACCAUUUCUGUAAAUUCAAAUUUAUUUAUAUAGUGCUUUUUACAAUGGACAUUGUCUCAAAGCAUCAGAAUCCAGGACCAACAGACCAAAAACCCCUGUUGAGCUAGCCGAGGGCCACAGCGGCAAGGAAAAACUCCCUUAAAAAUACAGGAAGAAACCUUCAUUGUUCAGUCCAAUCUGUGACAUAGUCCGUUAAAAACCUAAUAAAUAAAUAAAUAAAUUGAUUUAUUCUCA